AUGAACACCUUUAUAGACGAUGAACAAAUUGACGAAAAUCAUCUCGACAUUCAACGUAUUUUCCCAACCCUCAAUCGAAGUAUAAACGAGCUCAUCACACCAAAAAGAAGAAAUCCGCCACCACGUCCUAAGAAUAGUUGGUUAUUAUAUAGAAUAAACCACCAACCGGGUCCACUAGAAGAUAUUUCAAAAAAAGCCUCUGAAAGUUGGAAAAAAGAACCAGAGCAAAUUAAACGUGGCUGGGAACUCUUGAGUAAGAUGGCAAAACAAAAACAUGCUGAAAUGUAUCCUAACUAUGUAUAUAGGCCAAAGAGAAGUAAUCAAAAUCGAAAAUCUGCGCCACAAAAAAGAUCAAAAAAGUUUGAUGAUGAUUAUAAAAAACAUAUUGGAGUGUUUCCAUUAAAAGAUCAUACUACGACGAUUAGUUCUGACGAGCAACAUAUAGUUCAAAACGAACAACAUAUAGUUCAGAAGACUUACAAUCUCGAACGAAAUCAGGAUUUCGCAACUUCUGAAUUCAUCGUUAUGAACAAUCAUCCGAUGUACCAACAAGCUUCUGAAUUUAUCGUUGUGAACAAUCAUCCAAUUUACCAGUUUAUGCACAAUCAUCCGAUGCACCAACAAAUUUCUGAAACUGUAAUUUUGGAAGACUUUAACGGAUACACAAUCAGUAGUAAUGAUCUUAUCUCCACUUUUAAUGAAACGCCAGAGAAUCACUCUUUAGGAUUCAACGAUCAAAAUGUAUCAUCUCCUAAUCAAAUUUUUUAUGAACCUCCUUUUGUGGCUCUCUCAUUACCUUCAACUGAUAAUAUGACUUAUUUUCCUGACGACUCGACAUCAUCGCAACGGAUCGUAGAAGUUUCUGCCGAAAUUCAAUCAAUGAAGAAAAUAAUAUGA